AUGACGAGACCAAGUAAUAUCACGCGCUCGGAGGAGAGAAUGAAAUGUCGAGAGGUGCUGUGCGAGCAUAUCCGGAGAAACCUCGGAAUCAGUGUAAAGACCGUGCAUCUCCGACUCAAACCAAAGCCACAUGACAAAUAUUACUGGAAACUAAUAGAACCAUACAACGACGAUAUCUUGAAAUUGUUUCAACAUGGUCCGAACCAAAUUCCUUUCAGUGGGCUUCCUAAGAGUGCACAUGAGACUCUCCAGCGCUACAUCGGGAGCAAGUUCGAGGCGCUCGCCAAUGAAACUUUUCUGUCCACAGAAGUACCUGAUCAGGAUGGCUCUCUGUGGCGACAAUCCGAUUCUGUCUUCACGGAAAAAAUUGCCGUAUUGGAAGAUAAGAAAGCAGAACUUGAAGAAGAAAAUGCUGAAUUACAAGAAAAGAUAAAAAUUCUAGAAGACUCAAAACACACAGCAGAGGUGAGACUAGCGCAGGAACGGCGCGCCUGGGAUGCGGAACGAGGAGAACUUUGCCGAGAAGCCGAGAACUUGAAAUCGGCGGCCGACCGUCUUCGCGUGGUGAUUCGAGGAUUUAUGAGCAGUGUUAUUGGAUACUAUCACAUUAUGUCCAGGCUUCAGGAAGAUGAACUACCCUCCAUCAAUGAACUGUUCAAACAGACCGACAUGGAGCAAACCUUGUAUUAA